GUCGAGGUCGUCGUCGGACGUUUGGCGGUGGAGAGCGAUUGGGUGAACAGCCCCGCGUGGGGAAGGUGCACGGACCAUGAUCGACUUGUCAGGUACGAAGUUACCCUGGCGAAGCUUGUGGAAAGACAUCACCGCCAUCGGGUGAAACUUUCACCAACAACAUCGUGAUUCUCCCAACAUCUCCCAUUACAUCCACAUCUACGAGUACGCAUUCUUACACAUAAAGCCGCAAUGGUAGACCAAGCUGCGUCUUCGUUUUCGGCGAAUGGCCCGCCAGACCCUACGACAACAGCUUUCCCAGGCACAGAUGCUGCGGGUGAGACUGUAGCCGCAAUAGCUCAGGCAGAGACCAUCAGCGCGGACGAAAUCGCUCUGUAUGACCGGCAGAUCCGACUUUGGGGUGUCCAAGCGCAGGAAAAGAUACGCACUGCAAACAUCCUUCUCGUCUCGAUUAAGGCGCUCGCGAACGAAGUAGCUAAGAACCUUGUACUCGCCGGCAUAGGGUCGAUCACACUAGCAGACCACGAAGUGGUGAAGGAGGAGGAUCUGGGUGCGCAAUUCCUCAUAUCGGAGGCAGACAUAGGGAAAAACCGUGCCGAAGCUGCAGCAUCAGAGUUACAGAAGCUUAAUCCGCGUGUAAAAGUCAACGUCAUUACUCGCGAUGUGCGAAACGAGCAGGACAUGGCUUUCUACUCCGCCUACGACAUCAUAAUAGCAACGGACCUUGACUUCCUCUCCCUCAGCGCGUUGGACUCAGGAGCUCGUUUAGCCCACAGACCGUUCUAUGCAGGAGGCUCACAUGGGAUGUACGGCUUCAUAUUCGCGGAUUUAGGGAGCCAUGAUUUUGUGGUCGAACGCGAAGUAUCGAACAUAGCGACGCGGAUUGGACCAGAAACCGCGACUCGGUCGGUCUUAGCAACGAAGUCAAAAAAGGAGAGCGGGAAAGUAAUCGAGAUGGUUACCAAGCGCGAGUUAUAUUCCCCCUUACUGCUCGUCAACACUUCGCCCCUCCCACCAGACAUGCAGAAACAUCCCAGGAGGCUGCGGAAGGUGCAUCCUCUGCUCACCUGCGUCCGCGCCCUGUGGGAGUACCAGAGAAACGGUCACGGCACCCUACCCUCGGAUUCCGAUCUCCAGCUAUUCACACAAAUCGCAAUGGAGAAACACAAGGAACUGCUUCUUCCAGCUGACACCCUGAAAUCUGACUUCCUCCGGAGCUUUUUACAAAACCUUGGUAGCGAGCUAAGCCCCGUCACCGCCUUCUUGGGAGGUCAACUGGCGCAGGAUGUCAUUAAUGUUCUAGGGCAGCGUAUGCAGCCUAUUCAGAAUCUGAUGCUCUUCGAUGGGGAGACCUUCCAGGGACCGGUGUACGCUCUGCACCCCAUUUUCCAGGACGAUCCGCUUCCUUCGGCGAUAGAACAGCCGGAGACGACGCUCGUGGUUGGCUGAACCUCGAAGGACAGCUGCCUUUCACGGCGGUGUCGUGAUGGACUGGGCCAAAGCUACGACCGACCUAGUGAGCAUAGGAAAGUAGUGCGUAUGGAAGAUGAUGUGAUCAUUACCGAGCUUUCGCGGGAGUCAUGGAUACGAUCUUUGGGUUUGACUUGUAUAAUAGUGGGAUAGAAAAGGUAUACCCCGGAUGCAUUGUGCGGUAACAAGCAUCAAUUGAUCAUAUUCGCACAUCGGAUUGCAUAAGUCAACAACCCCAUAAACCAUGAAACCUUGAAACCCGUUACCGUACGAUGCAAC